CACCUCUUCAAAAUGGUACAGACUUUGGUAACAAUCGCCAGCAUUGGCAGCGGAGUUGCUGUUGUUGCUUGUCUCUUCACUGUUGGAUACAUCUUCAAUGAUAUCAACUCUUUCCAUGAUGAGGUCAUUGACACUAUGACUGAGUUCAAAUUCAACGAGCAACAAGCAUGGAACUCAAUGAUGAAGCCAACUGAUGUAUUCGGAAGAAUCAAGCGUGGAAUCAACAAGAGAGGAGCCCAAUGCAACUGUGGAGCUCAAUCCAAUGGAUGCCCAGCUGGACCACCAGGACCACCAGGCCAACCAGGAGCUCAAGGAGAGGCUGGACACGCUGGAGAGGCUGGAAAGCCAGGAGCCAACGGAGUUACCAUCGGACUUACCGGAGGAAAUGGACCAUGUAUCACUUGCCCAGCUGGAGCCCCAGGACCAGCCGGAGCUCCUGGAGCACCAGGACCACAAGGACCAUCUGGAGCCCCAGGACAAGACGCUGUUGGAGGAGGACCAGGGCCAGCUGGACCACAGGGACCAGCCGGAGAUGCCGGAGCUCCAGGACAAGCCGGAGCACCAGGACAUCCAGGAGCCCCAGGACAAGGAGGACAACGCAGCCGUGGAACUCCAGGACCAUCUGGAGCUCCAGGACCACAAGGACCAGCCGGAGGACCAGGACAGCCAGGACAAUCCGGAGGAGCCGGAGCCCCAGGACCAGCUGGAGCUCCAGGAGCACCAGGAGGACCAGGAAACGCGGGAACCCCAGGAACCCCAGGAGCACCAGGAAACGCUGGAGCACCAGGAGGAGACGCCGCAUAUUGUCCAUGCCCAGCUCGUGCCAGCGCUGUUCGCAAGCACCGCAAGGUCUUCCGUAGACGUCACGCCAAGGUUUCUGCCUAAAGAGUGUUACCAAAAGCUGAUUUCAAUAUUCAAUAAAUAAUUUUUUUAUAAUUGAAUCAAUUUAUUUACUUCUUGGAAAUGGAACAAUUAAUAGAAGCCUGGGCUUUUUCAACUUUACUGAGUUCACUUUGUGGAGAUUGUAAUGAAGAGCGCUUAGAUUCAGUUGGAAGUUUUGAACUUUCCAGAUCUUUAUCCUUUGUCACAUCCAUCUUCAAUACGUUUUUCUUGAUUUCAUUGUUACUGCUUGUUGUAGCUUUUGUUUUCGGUUUCUUAAUUAAACAAUAUUUCUUCUU